GCCCCCAUUUCCAUCUCUCUCUCUCUCUCUCUCUCUCUGAAUUACUAAUCGUGAAUUAUAUGCAUAUCCUUCUAUCCUAAAACUAGCACUUUGUAAAUUUGGAAACUUUGGGUAUAGAUCGACAAUCAUGAGGAAACCCUGCUGUGACAAGCAAGACACGAACAAGGGAGCUUGGUCGAAGCAAGAAGAUCAGAAGCUCAUCGAUUACAUUCGAAAACAUGGCGAGGGUUGUUGGCGUACCCUCCCUCAAGCUGCAGGCCUUCUUCGAUGCGGUAAAAGUUGCAGACUUCGGUGGAUAAACUAUUUACGGCCAGACCUUAAAAGGGGCAAGUUUGGUGAAGAUGAAGACGAUCUCAUCAUUAAACUUCAUGCACUUCUAGGCAAUCGGUGGUCGCUGAUUGCUGGAAGAUUGCCGGGACGUACAGACAAUGAAGUGAAGAACUACUGGAACUCUCAUUUGAGAAGAAAGCUUAUGAACAUGGGUAUAGAUCCAAACAACCACCGACCCACCAACACUCUCCUCCCUCGGCCUCAGAAUCAUCAUCAAAACCCACCACACAAACUAAAAUCGCGAGCUGGUUCUGGUAUCAAUAAUUUUAAUCUCGAGCCAAUAUUGAUCCAAUCCAAAAAUCCGCGUGAUGAUGAUCAAAAUUGCGAGCAGGUAUCGGAUGGCAGAAGUUGCUUGGAGGAUGAUUCUUCUUGUGGCGGUCAUCACCUACCUGAUUUGAACCUCGACCUCACUGUCCAUCUUAGUGCUCCUAAUCUCUCCAUUAAUGAAUAUCAAUAUCUCAGUAAGGAGAAUGAGCCAAUUAAUCAUCUUCAUCUCAACAUUAGUAACCCUCGAGAAAUGUCAAUUGGGACUACUAAGUCGCAAAUAUAUGCGUCAUCUGCCACGCUUCCUCUCUUCAGAUAAUCUUCCAUUCUUCCAUUUACUAGCUAGCUAGUAGCUGGUUGUUAAUUUAUCCAAUGCAGUUAAACAGGAUUGGAUGGGAGGCAGAAUUAGAGAUCAAAGCCGGUUAUGAUUUAUUUUAUCGAUGUGAGGCAAAUCACAGCAGGAUUUGAAGAAAGCCUACUAGCUAGCUUGUUCGGGGAACAAUUCAACAAAUUGGAAGCCCCAUAUGUGGAAAGAUGGCAUGAGCUGAUUGAGCAUAUAUAUAUAUCCCCAGUUAGGUCAAGGGUUUUGAUGGCUUACCUUGUGGAUAUAUAAUCAUAUAAUCAAACAGUAGUAUACGUUUACAGAUUAAUUUACAUAUGUGGUUAAUAAAAUGCAUUAGCUAUAUAUGUAAAUUUGUAAAUUGUUACACAAACAAGUCCUGUAAUUUAGUUUUCUCCUUAGAUAUUACAUAUGAAUAUAUGUCUCUGAUCUAUUGUAAUUUUA